ACGAAACCGAACACUGGUUGAGGAAGGUGACAUUUGCUCAGCUGUGAUCAGAUUUGUCGCUCCAAAAGCCUGUAAUUUCGGGCUACUUCAGUGACCAUGGCUGAUGAUGGAGCUGACAAAUCUGAUGAACUGGACUGUAAUUCUGUGAAGGCAGCUCAGAGUGACAAGCAUUAUGAUGCAGACUCUGAAAAUUUCAGUACUUCACAGGGUCUUGAAGCUUCAGCAACUUCUUCAGAUGGAUUUCGCACUCGGCCUGCCCUAUCAUCAGUGUCUUUAGAGAAGGGCUUGUUGUCUUCCUCAGACCAGACUGGGUUCAGCUGCUCCACACCAGUGCCUGGUGACGAAAACCAGGCUUCCAACAGCAAUAGUAACAACCUGGCCUCAGAAGUAGAGGGCUUAAAACCCGGGGAAACCAAUGUCUAUGGCUCAAUGAAAAAAGAUGACAGUGGUAUUGAUGUAGAGAAAUCGCCCACCAGUGUCAAAGACAGUUUGUUGCCUUCUGAUGGUGAAGGGAAUGAAAGUAUUAGUGAGUCAUUGUUCACAGACAGUGCUUCUGGCUCUCGGACUAACUCAAUGAGUGAGUAUAAAGGCAAAGCCACUAUGGAAGAGGACCCCAGUGAGGUGGAUGAUGGAGCCUUUAGUGGUGAUGUUGUCAGUCAGUCUGAGGAAGCAGGACCCCAACCCUGUGAUGGUACAGACAGUUCAGUGUCAGGCCCUGCUGAGGCCGCAGCUGAGAGUGAUGCUUCCAGUGCAGACAUGAGGUCAUCUGUCAAACGUAGAGAACGCAGACGAAGCAGCUCUUCUUCCAGUGAUGAUGCUGAUGAGGAUAGUGCAGAUGAGAAGGCUAAGGAUAAGCCUUCAGAUAGUGAUGAAGAAGACUACUCUGCUUUUGAGACACCAAGAAAACAACCUAAGCACCGCUGGCGAGCUGUGCCUGAGAUGAGACUUCGUGAAGUUGGGAUUGUUAAUACAAAGUCUAAUCUCUUGUUUCAAGAGAGGAUAACUGGUUGUCUACGAAUGGUGCAAAGACUUGAGCUUCAGACGAAAUUGGACUAUCAUGUGGGGUGCGUUAACACGCUGUCUUUCAACAGAAUAGGCACGUUGCUGGCAAGUGGCUCUGAUGAUCUCAACAUUGUGUUGUGGAACUGGGUCAAGAGCAAACCUGUCUUGAUUUUUGACAGUGGCCACAGGAGUAAUGUAUUCCAGGCCAAGUUUAUGCCUUACAGUGGGGAUUGUCACGUGAUCAGCUGUGCCCGAGACGGUCAGGUCAGACUAGGAGAGCUCUCCCUCACAGGGAUCUGCAAGGGAACCAAGAAACUGGCUCAGCACAAAGGGGCAGCUCAUAAGUUGGCUUUGGAGUAUGACUCGCCAUACACAUUUCUGACCUGCGGAGAAGAUGCUGUGAUGCUGGAAAUUGACCUCCGUGUUGACAAACCAAACAAACUGGGAACCACCAAAGAAAACGACCGUAAAGUGGCCCUGUAUUCCAUUCAUUCUAACCCAUCUAACUCAUAUGAGUACUGUGUGGGAGGAAGAGAUCAUUUCAUCAGAAUCUAUGACAAGAGAAGGAUUGAUGAGACUGUGAAUGGAGGGGUACUGAAGAAAUACUGUCCUCAACACCUGCUUAACAGUGACAUUAAAGCUAAUGUAACUUGUGCCUGCUAUAAUUACAAUGGAUCGGAGGUCCUUGGAACAUUCAACGAUGAGGAUAUAUACCUGUUUGACAACAGCCACUCUGAUGGGGCAGAGUUUAUCCACAGAUACAAGGGCCACAGAAACAAUGCCACAGUGAAAGGAGUGAACUUCUAUGGCCCCAAGAGUGAGUUUAUUGUGAGUGGAAGUGACUGUGGCCAUGUGUUCCUCUGGGAUAAGGAGACUGAAGAGGUGGUACAGUUCAUGGAGGGAGAUGUUGGGGGUGUGGUGAAUGUGUUAGAACCACACCCUAUGGCCCCAAUUCUAGCGACAAGUGGUCUGGAUCAUGACAUCAAAAUCUGGGCACCAACAGCUCAGGAGGCUACUUCUUUGAAGGGACUGAGGAAGACAAUGAGGAAGAACCGACGUGAGCGUGAAGAUGAAAGGUCUAAUGAACCCGAGAUGAUUGAUGGGCAGAUGCUCUGGUUCCUUAUGCACCAUAUACGCAGAAGUACCCGGCGAAGAGCUCGUCAGGAUGGGGAGCAUGUGUCCAGUUCAUCAGACAGCAGUGACAUGGAGUCAGACGAGGAUGAAGUAACCCCUGACCGUAUGCAAUGUGCUCCGUCCUAGAGCCUGCCAGCCUACCUGCCUGCCUGGACAACAUUGGCACCGAUGUACAGGAACCACUAGCACAAAAUUCUUCUAGCUUAUGGAAAUAAUGGUUACCUUGGCAAGCUUUGGCGUAGACAUGCUGCCAUGGUAGUCUAGGUAAUCAUAGGCUAAAGGAAGGUUGUGCUAGAAGAUUUAGAAUUUUUGAUGGCUUCACCAGACAGUUAUACUUGUUACCUGUUCGAAUUUGAUUUGGAUACAGAUAAGCAGUCAUACUGCCCUGACUAUGAAACUGGUACCCUGUUAUAAAGCAGUAAUGUUACAGCUGGUCAAAUACACUUGUAAGUGAUUACUGUUUGAGUGAUGUUUAUUUAUUAUGUAUGAAGUUGUGUGAGUUUGUUUCUAUUUUAAUCACGCAACUACCUAACGUUAAAUUUAAGCCUGGCUUAUAUUCAUAAAUAAUCCUAUUUUGUUAAUGAUGUUGCAAAGAGGCCAAACCUACAUCCCGCCCCAAAUCUUAUUUGAUAUAUAUAUGCAUGCACAGAAUGUGAAAUGCUUGCGCUGCUGUAUUCACUAUUCAGUGCUUUUGUCUGAUAAUUUACUUUUUGAAGCCAUAAUCUUGCUUUCUUGACCUGUGUAAAUACUGGCACAAUUUCAUUUAUAUCAGCUAUCCACGAAUAGUCGGUUUUUCGGAAACAUGUUCCACUGUGGUAAUCCUGUAUGUAAUGUGGAAUCUGCGUAUUGAUAGAUUUGUUAUGUGCCAGGAGUUUGAGAAUACACAGGCUGGAUAUGGAGCUAGUGUGGCUGGCCAGCAAGUGUUCAGUAGUUCCAGCCAGAAAGUGGUUAUUGUCAAGACUUGGCUCAUUGGGUUAUUUCUCAAUGUGAUGUACUUUCCCAUACAUGAAUAAAUGUACAUAGCUUGUGCAUGAUUCAGGAAAACACAAAAAUUACUGUGCACAUGUUUCCAUAUCAGCCCUUGGUACUCUGUUGAUCAUUUCAGGUGUUUUUUAUAGCUGUGUGUUAGUCUAUGGCCAUAUUAUAAGACUGAUUCUGUAAGUACCUGUAAGCAUUAAUCUGUUGAUCGUCUUCUGAAAAAACUACAUGAUUGUCUCUACAGGCCCCAGUGACCUCUUACAGACUGGUACCUUGCCCAGAAUUAUGGUCACUUUCUAAGCUGGACUCUUUGUUAAAAACAUAGGAGCCAGUUUAGAAAACUAAACCUGAACUUAAGUGUCUUGUUGACGAAUCUGUCUCGCACUGAAGUUUUGUAGAUUUAUAGAGCUACUCCAAUUCUCAGGCAAAGUGUUUUGUUCAGAACAAAAAUUAAAUUAUGAUUGAAAAAUUCACAAUGUAUUGUUAAAGUGUCCUUAAGAUUCCCAAUUUCUGCAAACAUGCAAAAAUAUGCAUUAAUACCUUGUAAAAGUGUUACUGUUUAGGAAAUCAGUCUCGAUUAUGCUUAUCAGUUAAAACUUUUUUUUUAACACAAUGACUUUGGAACUGGAGUAGCUUUUCAGUAGUGUGUUUUUCUUUGUAAACAUGCAUAAAACACCACUUUUGCUUGGUUAUUGUUUUCAUUUAAAUGAUGUUAAUGUACUCUAAAUUAUGACUUAAAAAAGGAAAUUACUGUUUUAUGUCCACUGCCCCGAAGAAAAUUGAAGGUAUGUUCAUUCAUAUAUCUUUGGAUAAAUAUAUUGUUUAAUAAUUUAAAAACUAAGAUUCUAAUAUGGCACCAAUUUUACAAGUUAAAUUACAAGGAUACCAAGUUCAUUCCUUGCCCUUUUGCCACUGGCGCCAGAACUGAUGCAGUUUCUUGUUCUGUCUUAUUACUGUCAGUUCAUCCAAACUGCUUGUUUUACAGAUUAAAUGGAAGGAAUUUUUGAGUUGUCGUUGGCCUGAAAGCUUUCCCAGGUAGCAGCCCAUGCAUACUGGUGUAGUUUAAGUCGCUUUGUGAAUGUUAACUUUGGGUGUUGACUAAUGUUAUAUGUUCUCCUUACCAACAUCUUGGUGCGUGGCGGUUACAAUGUUUAACAGUUCCUCCUAGCAAUGACAGCUGCCUGUCUCUAUGAUUAACCUGUACAGUAACAACAGAAUGUUUUUUGGACAGGAUUGUUCGAUAAAUAUUGUUAUAAAAAAAUGUCCAACAGUGCUGUUAGGCCUGUUGUGUUCGAAUUAAAGGUUUGUUCAAAGCAAGUAGAACCGUGUUGAGAAAACACAACGUUUUCAAUAAAAUAUUUUGCAAGUA